GAAAAUACUUUCAAAAUUUAUAAACCUGCACCAUUUGAGAAUGGCCAACAAUUCGAUCAACCAGCAAGUUCAGGAGUUGCAGCAGAAGUCUGUGAUAGAUUCUCCACCGGGCAUGUCCCCCAGGACGGAAUUCUCCACCGGUUCGGUCAUCAAUGAGAUUAUCUCCCAGGCAGUUCCGAUGGUAAAGCAACCACCAGCUCCACGCAUCUCUUUUCGAGCUCUGGCCAGACUUGUAAUGGUUCUAAACUCAACACUGAAGAAGGGAUCUUUAGUAAACCCGGAGCCAAAGAACAUUGAUUACUGGCGUAACCUAGCCGAGUCCCGUGGAGCGGCCAAUAAACGCUAUCAGCUGGUCGUCGACAUGCAGCGCAAAAGGAUCGAGACCCUGGAGAAGGAUCUUCGUAACCUGGUCAACUUGGCCCGAGAGACCCAAAAGAUGCUGGCCGAGAUGGGAGCCGAGAAGCGGGCCAGCCAGGAACUGGGUCAUGGCGAACAUGCCGAUUAGAUUUUACAUCAUUUAUACUUUCGAACUUCCUUUGGAAUCUUUCAUAAACCUAUAGUUAAUUUAAAA